AUGAGUUGGGUCACUGAGGAGCGAGGGGGCAGCUCGGAGCGGAUACGUCCCCGCGCUGAUCCUUACGCUGAAGCAUCCAUCCUUUUGGGUAGAAAACCAACUUUUCCACCAUUUUCCGAGGAUCAGAGAAGAAGCAGGAGGUUGGUGAUGAAGAGGAAAGUGUUGAGGCGCAGACCUGACGGAGGGGUCGAGGUUUCCGACGAGUCGGUGACCAAUGAAUCGGAACAUGACUCCGAAAUUUGGAAUUUGAAGGAUCAAAUGUUUGAGUUGAGGACGGAUCAUGAAGACAGCAUCUCCGAGGGGGAAAUGGAGCCCAGCAGCAGCGUUCCCGAUGAAUCCCCGUCUCGGUGGCCUCCUGGGGACACUUCCCACUUAUUCCCGGAGGAUUCGGGGAGCCGGAGCUCUCCCACUUCUCAUUCCACCAACUCGGAACAACCCAAAUCCUUCAUUCCUCCGCGGUUCGAACCGUUGGGGCGUAACCGGGGAAAAACCGACCGAGUAGCCAAAUACUUGGAAUAUAAACGAGAAUGGGAAAAAUUCCCAAUUCCAGGAGAGGAUCAAAGGCAAGAAUUGCGAUGGAGUAUCCGGGAACAGAUGUUCUGGAAACCCCAAAUUCCCAAUAAACCGCAGCAUUUCUACGUCCCCAACGAUUACGUCGUACCGACGGAAAAAAAGAGAGCGGCUCUGCGCUGGGAGGUGCGCUGGGACCUGGCCCAGGGGCUCAUGCCCAGGAAAUCCACCUCCUCCUGA